AUGGCUGCGCGAAUUCCUCGCACUAGGCUAGUGCUCACAGCGCAUAACUCCCUCGUCCCAUUUUUAUAUCAGACUCGCACACUCACAGCACCGUUAUGGUAUACGUUUCAAAACACAGCUCAUCUACGGUCAACGUAUUCCACGAAUACUCCCUCAGACGAAGCAACACAAAAUGACAACGGUGAAUCGUCCCAAGAUUCGAACUCUGCCCCUACGACGUCCGAUCCGCCCUCUCAGACCGUGAACGAUGCUCCGAAGCCGCGAAGAAGCUAUCUGCAGAGACGUGCCGGUGCAAUUUCGGCGCCAGAGAAGAAACCCACUACACAGAUACGACAACCGCUGAAGUCGCUUACAAUGACACAAGGAGAAAGGAUGGCAUUUGGCGAAUUGCUGGGACAAGUGGGACUUUCUCGAAAGGACACAUCCACAACAGAGACAGGGGCAGAGGCGAACAAGGAGCCGAAGAAACCAAUGAGCGACAGUGACCGGAAUGAAAUGUUACAGCUCUCAGCGAUCUUCGACUCCGUGCUCAACGAUAUAAAACUAAAGGCAUCGAAGAGAAAGAAGUCACAGGCAAAGUCGGACGGUAUUUCAGCAGCAUCGGAAGGUGAAACGUCGGAGAUCCACGAGAAGCUCCGGCGAUUCCAGGAUGGUGAUAUUGAUAUCUACGAGCUGAGCGAUGAUACUCAAAUCCCUCUGGAGAGGAUUAUAGGGUCAAUUGUGCAGCGGGAAUCGGCAAAGAUCGAAACCACUCUGCGUGUUGCAAUCGAACAAGGAAAGGGUGACACUGAGGUCUGGGGUAUCUGCAAAGAGCGGAUAUUUUCCCUCAUGCACCAAACCAGCGAACCCAACGUGACCAGCGAGGCCGUCGAGACCAACGAGACCCAACCAGAACAAUCCGAUGCUUUGGAAAUCCCUACCUCUAUUCCCGUUGAACCCGUCGUGACAGCACUCUACCCGAAAGUCCUCCUCGUCGCAUUUCGUCUCCUCAACUCGCAUUUCCCCAAUUCUCCCUUAAUCGGCCAGUUCCGCUCAACCAUCAAGUCGCAUGGCAGGACCUCCGCAGUGCUGGGCACGUCGACAGGCCUAUACAACGAACUGAUCUACUUUUACUGGCGUGGCUGCAACGAUAUCCCGGGUGUUGUAUCUCUCCUGCAGGAGAUGGAGGUGACGGGCGUACAGCCCGAUCAGAAGACGGUUGGGUUGCUGAAUGGGAUUGUGCGUCAGCGGGAGCGUGAUCUAACGAGGUAUCGUCAACGGGCACGUCAAGAGAACCGGCCUUCUACCCGUGAGCCGUGGUGGGAUAUGGCGCCGAACAGAAAAGCCAUGCGGGAGUUGCUUGGGCCGGAGGGCUGGAUGCAUCGGAUCGUGUUGCGAGUGCAGGAUAUGGGCAGUCGGCAACGAGGGAAUCGGUGA